GCCGGUUUUGGUGUUGCUUAGCGUUUGUGUCGUUCGUGCCUUGGUGCCUUGCUGAUGGCCCUGAUGCCAUGUUAUGUCAAGCUGGAACUGGGCUUGGUCCAGUUGGAACUCGGAUUGGACCGCUGGAGAUGGCUGGAGCGGAUGGAGCAAAUGGAAUGACUGGACGGAGAAUACCCAUUCACAUGAGGAACCACGUCCCACGAAUGAGCAGCUCCCCACGGAUGAGCGGCGCUCCACGCAUGAGUGGCGCCCCACGGAUGAGCGGCGCUCCACGCAUGAGUGUGGCCCCACGGAUGAGCGGCGCUCCACGCAUGAGUGGCGCCCCACGGAUGAGCGGUGCUCCACGGAUGAGUGGCGGGCCACGCAUGAGCGUCCCAUGGAUGAGGCGAUCACAGACGUGACAGAGGAGGAGCGGCCAGAGGAGUGGGCAUCGCUGAGGUGGCAGGAUGAGUUCACCGGGGAGCAUGAGCCCUUGAAGGGCAAGCAGAUCAAUGACCUUAUCAUAGAGAAGGCCAGCGCCCAUGAGAUCCUGGAGCUUUUGGACACGAAACUCUUGGAGUUCAGCGUGGUGAACGCUGUCACGGCCUUGCACCGCAUCGCCCGCGCGGCGGAUGGCCUCCAAGUGCGCCGAGAUCCCCGCAUUCACUACCUGAACCGGCGCAUCACCAGCAUGUUCAUGAGCUCGAAGAAGGACGAGAUGGAGAAGGCGGAGACUGGAAGGCGAGUACCGGGAGACGACUGGGUCUACUACAUCGACACCCGGUCUCUUUGCAACGCCUCCUGGGCCUUUGCUCAGCUGCAGCUGCAGCACCCCGAGCUCUUGGAGAUCAUCUCGGAAGAGACCUGCCGGAAGAUCUACGACUGCUCCGCACAGCAAUUGUCCAUGUGCGCCUGGUCCUUCGCAAAAUUGGCCAGGAAGGACUUUCAGCUGAUGCAGACCCUUGCGGAGGAAACGGCGCAGCGCCUCGAGGACUUUUCCGCACAGCACCUCAUGACCACAGUAUGGGCAUGCGCAAAACUGAUCUUUCUUCAUGUACGGCUCAUGGCGGCCAUCGCAGACACGGCCUGCGGCAUGUUGGAGGACUUUACGCCGCAACACCUGUCCAUCACCGCCUGGGCCUAUGCCACACUCAGCUUCCGGCACCUGGGACUGAUGGACUUGCUGGCGAAGGAGGUGCUGACCACGCUCCGUGCCUUUAAGCCGCAGAACGUGGCCAAUACGGCCUGGGCUUUUGCUACUCUCCACAUCUCUUCAGAAGACCUCUUUGCGAGGCUGGCGGAGCACGCGCUGCCGAAGCUGCAGCACUACUCGCCCCAGAAUUUGUCCAACCUGGUCUGGUCCUAUGCCACCCUGAGGCUGAGGGCCGACCGCCUCUUCCAAGCUGUGGCCAAAGAGACUUGUGCGCGAAUCGAGGACUUCGAUGGCCGGGCAAUCUCCAUGGUGGUAUCAACCUAUGCGUCGCUGCAGCUCCGGCACCCGGAAGUUCUCGAGGCAGCCGCCUCCGCUGCCUCGUCACGCGGCGGCUCCUUUCAGGCGCGUGACCUUCAGAGUGUCCUCCACGCCUUGGCCAUGGCGGACGUCCAAGCGCCAGAGCUCUUUGAGCCUGCAGCGAGGCGCUUCGUGAGCGAAGUCCACUCCCUGAACUCCCUGGACGUGAGCCACGUGGCCGUGGCCUUCGCGAAGAUGCGCCGCGACACGGAGGUGUUUGAAGCCCUUGCCGCACGGGCCGCACAGCUGCUAGCAGAGGGCAGCGUGCCGUCCCAAGCUCUGGCAGACUUGGCCUCAGUCUUUCCUCAGCACUACUUGCAGCCGGCACUUGCGCGCGAGGCGGCGCGGAAGUUGAGCCGCCACGAGCUGCGGGACUUGGUGGCGUUGGAGGCCUCCCUGGAGGGUCCGGAGGUGGACAUGAUCCGGGAGCGCCUGGGGCAGGUCAUGUACCACCUGCUCCAGGCCUUGCAGCUUCGAUCUCCUGCGGGCCAAGUGGAGCUGCUGCGCGGGCUCAAAGUUGAGACCUUCGGCCAGGCAGGCACUGCCUUCUUCCUGCAAAAGGCUGGCUUCCGUGUGCGCUGCCAGGGAGCGAGAGGCAGCGGGAGCUGCGCUUCGGUCGCCAGGCUGGCGGAGGUCGAGCGGCAGGGGCCUUUGCCACCAUGUCGUGCCACGCGCCUUCAGAGCUGCCGCCAGCUGCGGGUGGGGCCGCUGCUGGACCGAUCCACCUGUUGUACCUUUCAGGUUCUGGAGGCCGCGCUGCAGAUGGAUCCCAUUCCUUCUGCUUCUUUGCGGCUGCGGAGCGCCCCUUGCGUCUCCUGUGUGGGGGCACUGCUGCAGUUCAAGCUCUUGCGCGAUUUGGACAUGGAGAUUGUCAUCGAGCCCGACGGCUGAGUCGCCCAAAGCGGCCCUGCGGUUCAACCGGUGACUGCGUGAG